CCUGGAGUCUGACAGACUCUGAGUGGCGGCCGGGCGGCUCGAGUCCGAGGGUCCACAACGCGAGUCAACAUGGCCGCAGCGUUUAGGAGAAGCUGCGGGGUCCUGAGAAGUAUUAUUUCUCAUUUUGACUGGAGAUCACAGCAUACAAAAGCUCAUCAAAAACGAGAACCAGGAUUAGGAUUUAGUUUUGAGUUCACUGAACAACAGAAAGAAUUUCAAGCUACUGCUCGUAAAUUUGCCAGGGAGGAAAUAAUCCCGGUUGCUGCAGAAUAUGAUAAAACUGGUGAAUACCCUUUCCCCCUAAUUAAAAGAGCCUGGGAACUUGGUUUAAUCAAUACACACAUUCCCGAGAGUUGUGGAGGACUUGGACUUGGAACUUUUGAUGCUUGUUUAAUAACUGAAGAAUUGGCUUACGGAUGCACAGGGGUUCAGACUGCUAUUGAAGCAAACUCUUUGGGGCAAAUGCCUAUUAUUAUUGCUGGAAAUGAUCAACAAAAAAAGAAGUAUUUGGGGAGGAUGACUGAGGAGCCAAUGAUGUGUGCUUACUGUGUAACAGAACCAGGAGCAGGCUCUGAUGUAGCUGGUAUAAAGACCAGAGCAGAAAAGAAAGGAAAUGAGUAUAUUAUUAAUGGUCAGAAGAUGUGGAUAACCAACGGAGGAAAAGCUAAUUGGUAUUUUUUAUUGGCACGUUCUGAUCCAGAUCCGAAAGCUCCUGCUAAUAAAGCUUUUACUGGAUUUAUUGUGGAAGCAGAUACCCCAGGAGUGCAGAUUGGAAAAAAGGAGUUAAACAUGGGCCAGCGAUGUUCAGAUACAAGAGGAAUUGUCUUUGAAGAUGUGAAAGUACCUAAAGAAAAUGUUUUAAUUGGUGAAGGAGCUGGUUUCAAAAUUGCAAUGGGAGCUUUUGAUAGAACCAGACCAACAGUAGCAGCUGGUGCUGUUGGAUUAGGACAAAGAGCUUUGGAUGAAGCUACCAAGUAUGCCCUGGAGAGGAAAACUUUUGGAAAGCUGCUUGUAGAGCACCAAGGAGUAGCAUUUUUGCUGGCAGAAAUGGCAAUGAAAGUUGAACUAGCUAGAUUAAGUUACCAGAGAGCAGCUUGGGAGGUUGAUUCUGGUCGCCGAAAUACCUAUUAUGCCUCUAUUGCAAAGGCAUUUGCUGGAGAUAUUGCAAAUCAAUUAGCCACGGAUGCUGUGCAGAUUUUUGGAGGCUAUGGAUUUAAUACAGAAUAUCCUGUAGAAAAACUAAUGAGGGAUGCCAAGAUCUAUCAGAUUUAUGAAGGUACUGCCCAAAUUCAAAGGCUUAUUAUAGCUCGUGAACAUGUUAGCAGGUAUAAAAAUUAAAAGAGACCUCUACAGAAACGUGGUUGAUCGUUGAAUAAUUAGAAUACAAUCUACUGUUUAUGUUUCAGAAAAGAGAAAAGGCUUUAAAAUAAGUAUUCUUAUAUAAAUCUAUACCAUUGAUUCUAAUGUUAGUUUGCACUUUUGUUUAACAACUCUAUGAUUUCCCUUUUUUUCAGAUAGAUUUGGUUUCAUUACAAUUAUGUGUUGUCAUAAUGUUGUGAUGGUGCACACCUAUAAUUCAAGCUACUUAAGAGGCUGAGGCAAGAGGAUCACAAGUUUGAGGCCAG